GUCUGUGUCCUGUCCGUCAAAUGAUGUGGCUGCUCCAGCUUCACAUACAGCAACAGUCUGAGUCUCUGCCUCCCAUUUUGUAUCUGAUGCAGUCUGACGACAGCCCCACAGCACGGGUUGACCCCGCAGCAGAUCACCACCACUACCACGUCAGAGAAACGAUCAAAGUGCACACAGGAAGAAGAAGAAGACGCGUCUGCAUUGCCCCUGUCCUCCAUGGGCUCCUCUUCUGCCCGCUCGGCAUAAUGCAUAUUAAUCACCUCAGAUCCCCGCGUCUUUCGUGGCUCUCGCCCACUGGUGUCGUGUGUUUUUAUGUUCUUAUGUUGUGGGUCGCACCUGUGUUGCUUCAUCCGCAGUGUUUGGAUUUUCGACCUCCCUUUCGGCCGCUUAGGGAACUGGAAUUCUGCGUCAUGUAUAAGGAGUUCGGCUGCUGUGAUUAUCAGAAAGACCAGGAACUGAAGGCCAAGUUUUAUAACGUUAUGGAUAACUUUGAUUAUUAUGGAUAUGCAAAAUGUGCGGGCUCCGUGAUGGAGCUGCUGUGCCAGGAGUGUUCUCCAUAUGCAGCUCAUCUCUUUGACGCCGAGGAUCCCAGCACCCCUGUCCGGACCAUUCCCGGCCUCUGUCAGGACUAUUGCUUUGAAUUUUGGAUUAAGUGCAAUGCUGCCAUUCCUCUCCUGUCUGACAACCCACACAUACUCAAAGUCAAAGAAAAUCAAACAAAUUUUUGCAGUCGCAUGGAGCUAGAUGAUGUGGACUACUGCUACCCACACCUCCUCAGCAACCAGGGGCUCACCCAGAAUCUGGGCCGACUUCAGUCUGACUCAGAAGGCUGUCUCCAACUGUGCCUGGAAGAAGUGGCCAACGAUCUGCGGAACCCUCUCGCCAUGGUCCAUGCCAAUGACGGCACACAUCGGUUCUUUGUGGCAGAACAGGUGGGCUUGGUAUGGACCUACCUACCAGAUCGAUCCAAACUGCAGAAACCAUUUUUGAACAUUACCAAAGCAGUGUUAACAUCACCAUGGGAGGGUGACGAGAGGGGCUUUCUUGGACUCACCUUUCACCCCAGGUACAAAUACAAUGGGAAGUUGUAUGUGUACUACUCAGUGGAAGUGGGCUUUGAUGAGAGGAUCAGGAUCAGUGAGUUCCACGUAUCCGCCAAUGACAUGAAUGUGGUGGAUCACACCUCUGAGAGGGUAAUUCUGGAGAUUGAUGAACCAGCAUCAAACCACAAUGGAGGGCAACUGCUCUUUGCAGAUGAUGGUUACCUGUACAUUUUCACAGGUGAUGGUGGGAUGGCAGGAGACCCGUUUGGGAAAUAUGGGAACGCCCAGAACAAGUCGUCUCUCCUCGGUAAAGUUCUUCGUGUUGAUGUGGAUGACAAUGAGAGGGGCCCAUUGUACAGAAUCCCUCCAGAUAAUCCCUUCAUACACAAGCGAGGAGCUCGACCUGAGGUCUAUGCUUACGGUGUCCGCAACAUGUGGAGGUGUUCCGUGGACAGGGGUGACCCUCAUACCAAAGAGGGAAAAGGACGCAUCUUCUGUGGGGACGUAGGUCAGAACAAGUUUGAGGAGAUCGACAUCAUCGAGAAAGGUCGGAACUACGGCUGGAGAGCUAAAGAGGGCUUCUCCUGCUAUGACAAGAAGCUGUGUGCCAACAGCUCACUUGAUGAUGUCCUGCCUAUUUAUGCAUAUCCACACAAGAUGGGCAAGUCAGUGACUGGUGGUUAUGUGUACCGAGGCUGUGAAUACCCCAACCUGAAUGGCAUGUAUAUAUUUGGAGACUUCAUGAGUGGGCGUUUGAUGAGUCUACAGGAGGACAGAAACACAGGCUGGUGGAAAUACAAUGAGAUCUGUAUGGGGAUGGGCCUGACCUGUGCCUUCCCUGGACUCAUUAACAACUAUCACCAGUACAUAAUCUCCUUUGCUGAAGAUGAAGCUGGUGAGCUGUAUUUCAUGUCGACUGGAAUACCAAGCGCUACGUCACCAUCAGGAGUCGUUUAUAAAGUGGCGGAUCCCUCCAGGCGUGCUCCACCGAGACAGUGUCACUAUGAUCCUCUUCCUGUGAGAGUGAAAAGUAAUCUCAUCAAGUUUGUUCCACAGGAAAUGCUGAUUGGAGUUGAGCCACUGAACAAAAACAUACCAGAGCCACAACCCACAGAAUCACAUGACUGGCACCAAGAGCUCAUUGACCGUUUAGCUGAACCAGAACUAGACCUGGCCAUGUCUCUACCAACCUCUGCAACCACCAGACCACCCAGACAUUCACGACGGAAAGGUCGGCGUAGGAAGGAAAAAUCUAGAGCAAAGAGUACACCAGAGCUUUGGAGUGGAAAGGUGAGGCUGGUUGGAGACGAACAGGGUCGUCACGACCACGGACGGGUGGAGAUUUUCAUUGACGGGGAGUGGGGCACUGUGUGUGACGACCUGUGGUCCAUCGAGAAUGCUGCGGUGGUUUGUCGGCAGCUGGGAUUCCACUAUGCCCGGAAAGCAGCCAAGAACUCUGAGUUUGGUGAGGGGAAGGAUCUGAGAAUUCUUCUGGAUGAUGUUCAGUGUGAAGGUACAGAGUCCAGCCUACUCGAGUGCAAACAUGCUGGCGUUGGGGCUCAUAACUGUGCCCACAAUGAAGAUGCUGGGGUGAUCUGUGGCAACUCGGACUACGUUAUAGAAGUAUGACAACCACAAAGUCAGAGCUCAUUAUGAUUAACUGGAGCUACAUCCACACUGCAUGUUUUUAACAGUGUGGGUUUAUUAGAAAGUUUGUCCUAAUGUUAGCAACUUCCUCUCUACAGUUUUUUUGAUGGAUCAAUUUUUUUGUGAUGGUUUGGUGAUCUCCCAAGUGUGUUCCCGUAAAGAUUUUGGUAAGAAUCUACCCAGUGAUGAUGUCACAAAAAGUAUCAAAUGUUUUAGAAAUUCCAAUCUCUUAUAAUGGGCAAAACUGUAAAAAUAAAAAAUCGUUGAUUUGGCAUGUGUAUGCAGGA